GAAAAAGCGAAAAGAAAAGUAAGCGACAUAUAUAUUCCGAUAAUCCAGCAUUGCAACUCUCUCAUUUCCUCGUUUCUCUGAAUCUAAGAGCUCUCAAUUCUCUCCUGCCGCUAGGGUUUGCUUAUUCAUCUACACAAUCAGGAUGUCUACGGAAGCCCCUUUCACACCAAGAGAAAAGCUCUUUGAGAAGCAAAAGUUCUAUCAAAGUAUUCAUAAGCAUACCUAUCUGAAAGGCCCUAUGGAUAGAGUUACCUCUGUUGCCAUUCCUGCUGCCUUGGCAGCUACUUCUCUCUUCAUGAUUGCACGGGGUAUCUAUAACAUGUCUCACGGGAUCGGAAAGAAAGAAUGAUAUUUGCAUAUGGUGUAUUGAAUUCGUUACAAGCCUUUAAAGUCUUCAAGUUCUUCAGCUGUACCAAGACUUUUCGUUAUUUAAUAAUUGUCUAGUUGCACUCAUGCUGGAUGUGUAUCAGUACAUUGCUCUGCUACUUGAUUGAUUGUGUUGCAAUACUUCUUACUGUUUUCCUUUUGGCUUAGCAUCAAGGUGAAAAAAAAUACAGUUUGCCUGUCGGAAA